AUGAAAUAUAUUCCACAAAAUUAUUUAAAUGUAAAUUUAUAUCGUGUAUAUUAUGAUGAUAAUGUUAGCGGAAACACUUUGGAAGAUCAUAGGAAAAUGUUAUUAAAUAAUGGUGGUAAUGGUGGUACUAUUGAUCAUUCUCAACAAACCAGUUUUAUUCUACCUGAUUUAGUGGUUAAUAAUUCGGAAAUUACAAGACAAUGGAAAAUACUGAAUCUUAAAUUAUUCUAUCAGUUUUUUGAAAGAGCCAAGAAUGAUUGUCAUGUUCAUCAAUUAAUAACAAAGGAACAAAGUAAGAAAUUUGAGAGAAACGAUCAAGAAAAUAAGAGAAUUACUAUUUCACUUUCAUCAACAGUAUUGGAUCCAAAUUUACCGGAAAAAGUGGCCCAAGAAUUGGCAAGCCCUACAACACAAGUUGACCAUACUGAUUCUACAUUUGAUGAAAAUUUAUGUUGCAUUUGUUUGGAUGCUCCCAUUUCAAUAACAACAGGUUGUUGUAAUGCUCAAUUUUGUGAGAGAUGUCUUACUGAUUGGAAUAAGAAGAAUACAACUUGUCCUAUGUGUCGAAAACCUUUGGAUGUCAAUAAUAGAGAGGAACAAUCCGAUGCAUGGGUUACUAUUCAGAAGGAAGAUUUCAUUCUCCCUAGAGAAGAGGUUGCCAAUCAGUUUAUUAGAUUUGUUAGUAUCAAAUUGAACCAUACUAUUCUGUGGUAA